GCUCCUUCCCCCGGCGCCUCAGCCCGAGCCGGCGGCGCCGUUCCUGGUGCGGGCCUGUCCCGCUGGGCCGUGCCGGGAGCGCUGCGGGGCACAGGCACGGGGAGGGGAUCAGAGGGCGGCUCCACGGCCCCCGUGUCCGCGCCGGGCCAGCGGGAAGGGCCGGAACGAAAGUUUCGCGGAACCUGCGUGGCUUGCUCGCGCUUUCCGUAGCGGCUGGUCCAGGGCUGGGUUCCGGUUCCGGGUGGUGGCCGCGUCCUGAGCAGGGUCGCGGAGCGGGCAGGUAUGGGACACGGAGGUGACCACGGCCACGGGCACGGCCAUGACAAAGUGGAGCUGCCUGACUACAGGCAGUGGAAGGUGGAGGGGACUCCCCUCGAGGAGGUGCAGAGGAGGCUGGCAAAGAGGGGGCUGAGGGACCCCUGGGCUCGUAAUGAAGCGUGGAGGUACCAGGGUGGCUUUGCAAGACCUAUCACCGUAACAGAAAUCUUUACCAGGGGAUUCAAGUGGGGAGCUGCAGCUUUUGUCAUAGCUCUGGCCAUUGAAUAUUCACUGUUUCCUCCAAAGAAGAAUGGAGGCCACCACUGAAGAUCAAAUAUGACAACUUAAUACUUAUUAAUCAUAAGCUGAAGCAUACAUAAGCCUGCUGCUCACUCUGUACUUAUAAUAUGCAUAUUAAAGUCUAUCACAGGCAAA